AUGGACACGAUGGAUUGGACAAGCGAAGCACAUCGUGCGCCAAUCAAGCGAAAUAAUAAAGAAAAGAAUAAAGAAUGGAAAGAUAGAUUUAGACAGCAAUGGGUCGAUCGCGUGAAAUCAUCAAGGCAAGAACGAGAUAAUAAAAGACGAGGAGACACGUGGAUGCAAAUAAUUGUUAAAGAAGAAUGGGAAUCCUUCAAAAAAGAGAACGAGGAAGCAAUGCGAUUCGAAGGUGUUCACAUUACUGAUCAGGACAUUGAAGAAGAAAUCAUGUCAGAUGAAUCAAUGAAAGAGCGUUAUGACACUUCCUACGAGGAUUUCUUACAAGAAGAACAAAACACAAUAGCAGCUGCAAUUGCUAUGUACGAAGAAGCUCAAUCACAAGAAAGCUUUGCACAGUAUAAUAUGUGUCAACCGAGAAUGCAGUGCUUCAAUUGUGCACAAUUCACUCUACAGCCUUCUAUUCGAACAAACCAAAGCAGAGGCGUAAUGUGUACCUAUUGCAACUUUAAUGCCACCGAACAGGCAAGAUAUGAUAUUAGAAACAAACCUAUAUUUCUGACAAAAAAGAAUCCAAUAGGCUGCGCUCAUGAUUCAAAAGAACCAUCAAGAGCAUGUCACUGUUUGUUCUGGUCGUAUAGGAUACAUGCUUGA